GCCCUGGAGAUGCCGAAGAGAAGAGACAUUCUUGCCAUCGUGUUGAUAGUGCUGCCGUGGACCCUCCUCAUCACCGUUUGGCACCAGAGUGCAAUUGCCCCUCUGCUUGCCAUCCGAAAGGAUGAUGGCGCGGAGUCUCGGCGGGAGGCGGGGCCAGCUGCCGUGGUUGCCGCCGGAGAUUCCAAGGAGUACUGCUCACCGGACAAGGACAUCGUGGAGGUAGUACGCACCGAGUACGUGUACACGAGGCCGCCCCCCUGGUCCGACGUCCUGCCCACUAUCCACGUGGUCACGCCCACCUAUAGCCGGCCGGUGCAGAAGGCGGAGCUAACGCGACUGGCCAAUACCUUCCUGCACGUGCCGAACCUGCACUGGAUCCUAGUGGAGGACUCACAGAGGAGGACGCCACUGGUCACGCGACUACUACGUGAGACUGGCCUCAACUACACACACCUCAAUGUGGAGACGCCGCGUAACUACAAGCUGCGUGGGGACACGAGGGAUCCUCGUAUACCGCGGGGAACCAUGCAGCGGAAUCUGGCCCUGCGCUGGCUACGAGAGACCUUCAGCGCUAACAGCAGUCAGUCUGGCAUCGUCUACUUUGCUGACGAUGACAACACCUACAGCCUGGAGCUCUUCGAAGAGAUGCGCUCCACCCGUAAGGUGUCAGUUUGGCCCGUAGCCUUCGUUGGGGGGCUCCGUUACGAGUCUCCGAAGGUGAACGCAGCAGGCAAGGUGUACGGCUGGAAAACGGUGUUUGACCCUCACCGGCCGUUUGCCAUCGAUAUGGCCGGUUUCGCCAUCAACCUCCGACUCAUCCUGUUUAAGCCACAGGCCUAUUUCAAACUGCGUGGAGUGAAGGGGGGAUAUCAGGAGAGCAGCCUCCUUCGGGAGCUGGUCACUUUAAACGACCUGGAGCCCAAAGCCGCCAACUGCACUAAGAUUCUUGUGUGGCACACAAGAACAGAGAAGCCUGUCCUGGUUAAUGAAGGCAAAAGAGGAUUUACAGACCCAAAUGUCGAGAUCUGA